ACUUACCCUCCAAAGGUCCCCCACCUGCAGCCCUACCUUCAAACUUGUUUCUCUCUCCCCUCUUUCUCUCACUAGAGGUUGAAGGGGAAGGAAAGACAACAGUCAAUCAGUAACCAAAGAAACCCCACGAACUCUUAGUCCUAGUUUGGCCCAGACCUGCAAGAGUUAAAAGGGUUUUUCUCUCUCUAUCUUCUACCCCUCUCUCUCUCUCUCUAACUUUCUCACUCUAUCAAGAACAAAGGAGGAGGAAGAGAGAGAUGGGGGUUGACGAUGAUGAUCAAUCAUGAGAGAGAACGAAAAGGGUCCAAAGAAGGGUCAGCUUUGAACUAACCCACAAACAAAAACAACUCAUGAAAAAACCCUUCCCCACACAUGGAACUAACAGAUUCUCAGAUCAAUAAACCAAACACCACCGCCACUUCACAGCCCCACCACACCCACCACCACCAUAACCAACAUCAGCAAUUACAGCAACAAAAACACUCUUCUCCUUCUCCUUCUCCUUCUUCUUCUCAACAGAUUGUGCUCCCUUUCGAUGGUCGCUCGGUGCCUCCUCAUCUCAUAGGUUCCAUCUCCAUCCAAGCUGGCCUCACUGGUGGUGGCGGCGGAAGCGGUGGAGCUCAUGGCGGUGGCGGAAGUGGGUCUUCUUCCAUUUCACCAUCCACCUCAUCUACAACUGGUUCAGCCCCUUCAACCAUCGCGCCACCGCCGCAGCUGGUGGAUGCCUCCCUCGCCAUCGCCACCAGACCUGAAUCAGCUCGAUCUGGUCUCCCGGCCGAUCCCACCAAGAAGAAUAAUCAACAGAGCCUAACAAUUGCUACAAGUGCUCCAAAACGGACUACAAAAGACCGACACACCAAGGUGGACGGCCGUGGGCGACGUAUUCGAAUGCCGGCAACCUGCGCAGCCCGCGUCUUCCAAUUGACCCGCGAACUAGGCCACAAGUCCGACGGCGAGACCAUCGAGUGGCUCCUACAGCAGGCGGAGCCUGCCAUCAUCGCUGCCACAGGAACCGGUACAAUUCCGGCCAACUUCUCCACCCUAAACGUCUCCCUCCGUAGCAGCGGAUCCACCAUCUCGGCACCACCAUCAAAAUCCGCACCACACUCCUUUCACGGCGCUUUGGCUCUGACCCACCAUCCAUACGAAGAAAAUUUCUCUCACAUGUUAGGGUUUCACCACCAACAGCAUCAGCAUCAGCAUCCACAAUCCCAUCUUCUCACGGCGGAGCAGAUUGAGGAAGCACUACCUAGCGGCGGAGAUCGUGGCGGCGAUACGACCGAGAACUAUUUGAGAAAACGAUUCAGGGAAGAUUUGUUCAAAGACGAACCCCAAUCCCAACAACAAUCUAGAGGUGAGGCAUCAGCUGAUGACUCCACUUCACCAUCUAGCAAGCAAUUCAAAAGCACAGCACAAGAAACUGGAGGGCCGUCAUCCAGUAAUAUGCUCCGACACACAAAUAUGAUGCCGGCGACUGCCAUGUGGGCAGUGGCUCCGGCACAUAACAGCACUGGAUCUGCCUCCACAUUCUGGAUGAUGCCCGUCACUGCUCCUGGUGCAGCGAGCAAUGCCCAGCCAUUCAUGGGAACAUCCGGGAAUAACCUAUCUGAAUCACAAAUGUGGCAUUUUCCGACCUCGAGUGGCAACACACUCCAAGCGCCAUUGCAGUUCAUGCCGAGGUUUAACAUGCCGGGUGGGCUUGAAUUUCAAGGGGGGCGAGCGAGUCCGUUGCAAUUGGGUUCAAUGUUGAUGCAACAGCAGCAGCACCAACAGCCAUCACAGCAUCUUGGGUUGGGCAUGGGCGAGACCAAUUUGGGCAUGUUGGCUGCACUCAAUGCUUAUUCAUCAAGGGCUGGUUUGAAUAUGAACUCCGAGCAAAAUCAUCCAUUAGAGCAUCAUCAGCACCAGAAUCAAGCCAAUGAUAGUGGGGAUGAUGACCCAAAUAGCUCUCAGUGAUCGUUUAUUUGGAAGUUGGAUUUGUAAUGAGUAUAGUGCUUGAGUGUUUGAUGAAUGAAAAAGCAUAUAUAUAGAGAGAAAGGUACUUAAUUAGUUCUCAUUUCAAUUCCGUUUGUUAAUUUAUUUUUGCUUUUUUUGGGAUUUUUUUUUUUUUUUUUUUCCUAGAUUGUUGUGGAGGAUUUGAGAUGUAAUUUGUUAGUCUGGUUCAAAUGGACUAAAGUGAGAAGAGAGAGAUUGUAUAGGAGGAUACUGGUUUGUUUUUAGUGCUAUAUAUAAUUUGCUUUGUUUGUAUGACCAGAAACUUAAAUGAGAAACAAGCAAUGAGAGAUUAAUACUCCAUAGUUUUAUGAUA